AUGCUUUAUCCUGACUUGGAAAGGUAUUGGGCCACUGACCAAACCAACUUCUCAGCCUUAUACGAAGCCUGUGACAACGUCCAGCAUGAAUACAAUGACAUCAGUUUCGCUUCCAACUACACAUACAAUCCUGCCUCAGACGACCUGACCGGUUGCAUCUUCUCCGAGGUGUAUCCCCCACCGUCUCAGGACCCCGAUAUGACGAGCCCUGAAGUUUCCCCUGAAAGAUUAGAUGGUCGACAACGCUCUCCCUUGACGCAAUCAACCAACCGCCGUAAACGAAGACCAACCAAAACUGACCGCGAACCAACAAAGUCAUACCAACACACAUCCACAAAGCAAGUCCAAACCAAAGGCGCAACAGGAGAUGUUUGUGGGGAUGCGAAAGGAAGUCAGACUUUGAGCAAGACAACAGAAAGAACCCUUUCCACUUUGCAAUAUCUUAAUGGCGAACAAAACAGAAAGCGCCAAGAGAGGAUCCAAUGUGCAUCUUACAAGUACCGCAAUAGGCAGCGAGAAACCCAGAAAGACCUCGAGACCGUCGAGAAGGAUAUGGAGCAGUUGAACCAUUACUUGUCUCGCUGCGUAACAGACCUGAAAGAUGAGGUCUGGAACCUCAAGAUGAUGGUCCUCCAACAUACCCACUGCGAUUGCCCCCUUAUUCAAGAAUACAUCGCGAAUCACGCCAAUCGCUUUAUUCAAGAGCUGGAAGACAGAAGAAAAUGCCAGCAGCCUGAACAAUACUGUGGAAAAUAG